UAACAGAUCAAUGUGAAGGGGGAAAAAAUGAAAUCCCUGUGGCUGUGCAUUUGUCUCUUGGAUAUCUGUUUGGUGUCAUCAAAUUUAACUUUCCAUGGACACAAGGUUUUACGGAUUCAGCUGGAAACAGAAGAACACGUCACCCUCAUUCAAAGCAUGGACAAGAUAUUUAACCUGGAUUUUUGGCAUCCGGAUUCAUCAGCAAGAGUUGCACCAAUGAUGACUGUGGAUAUUCACAUUCAUGCCAGUCAGUCAGACUCAGUUCUACAGCUGCUGAAGCAGAACACGGUACCAUUUGAAGUUUUGUUCCAUAAUCUUCAGGAAGGGAUUGAAGCACAGCUGGACAGUAGAAAGGUCCGGAGUACUAAGAAGUACAGUUAUUCUAAGUACAAUGAUUGGGAGACGAUUGCGAAGUGGACAUGCAAAAUAGCUACUAAUCACCCAGAUCUUGUCAGUCGCCUAGAAAUUGGAAACACUUUUGAAGGCCGAGAAAUGUAUGUUCUUAAGGUUGGGAAGCAAAGCUCUGUGGAGACAGCCAUCUUUUUGGAAUGUGGUGUCCAUGCCAGAGAAUGGAUUUCACCAGCCUUCUGCCAAUGGUUUGUAAGAGAGCUUGUUACUGGAUAUUCAAACGACGAAAGCAUAAAGGAGUUAUUGACAGGCCUGACCUUCUACAUUCUUCCUGUAUUUAACAUAGACGGUUACAUUUAUACCUGGACAGAGGAUCGUAUGUGGAGAAAGAAUCGCUCACCAGCACCAGAUGGCAAAUGUUGCGGUACAGACCUCAAUAGGAACUUCAACAUCUCAUGGUGUGAAAUUGGUUCGUCAGAUGAUCCAUGCACAGAAAUCUACUGUGGACAUUCAGCAGAGUCUGAGAAGGAAACCAAGAAUGUAGCCUCAUUCAUCAGACGUAACCUAGAUUCCAUUAAAGCCUACAUCAGUAUUCAUUCCUACUCACAGAUGUUACUGUACCCUUACUCCUACACAUUUGACCUUGCGCCUAAUUCAGAAGAGCUGGAUGCAAUUUCCAAAGGUGCGAUAUCUGAGUUACACAGUCUUUAUGGAACUGAAUAUAUUUAUGGGCCCUCCGCCUCCACAAUUUAUCCCACAGCUGGUUCCUCCGAUGACUGGGCUUAUUCGCAGGGGAUAAAGUAUGCCUUCACCUUUGAGCUACGGGACAGAGGAAAACGUGGUUUCCUUCUUCCAGAGUCUCAGAUAAAAGCAACUGGCAAAGAAACUGCGCUGGCCAUCAAAUACAUCGCCAACUAUGUUCUCUCACAUUCCUCUUAAGAAAGCUCCCAUAAAGUUUGUCAUGUCUUUAUUGUGUCACUCCAUCACUGGAAAUGAUGGGUUAUAAUGCUACCAUUAUCUUUCAAACCCAAGUAAUAUUAAAAUGCUUAUUAACGUA